UCUGAGACACAAAACACAUCAGGGGUCCAGUACCUCCAGUAGUGAUGAGGACUCAGACGAGGCUCGAUUCAAGCGUCGUAAGAAGAGAAGCAUGAAGAGGUCCCGCUCCGAGUGCCUCCCAAUGAACUUCACACAAGACGACAUCACAACAGGACCAACAAGAGACAGAGUAGCCAUUGGAGCUAGUCUAGCUGACAUCAACCCAAUGACUAUUGAUAGGGACACUAACUUUAAUAGCAUUGGGGGACUGACUGGACAUAUUAGGUCACUGAAGGAGAUGAUUGUGUUUCCUCUUCUCUAUCCAGAGGUGUUUGAGACAUUUCAUAUAUCACCUCCUCGUGGAGUUCUGUUUCACGGACCACCUGGUUGUGGUAAGACACUAGUGGCUAGAGCAUUAGCUAACGAGUGCUCCAAGGAAGGACGUAAGGUGGCCUUCUUCAUGAGAAAAGGAGCCGACUGCCUGAGCAAAUGGGUUGGAGAGAGUGAAAGACAACUGAGACUCCUUUUUGAUCAAGCUUAUCAAAUGCGUCCAUCAAUCAUAUUCUUUGAUGAAAUUGAUGGAUUGGCUCCAGUUCGAUCCACAAGACAAGACCAGAUCCACUCCUCCAUUGUCUCCACUCUCCUUGCUCUGAUGGACGGGCUGGACAGUCGUGGGGAGAUAGUUGUUAUUGGAGCGACCAAUCGGAUUGAUGCUAUAGACCCAGCACUGAGGAGACCAGGACGAUUUGACAGAGAGUUCAGGUUCCCACUACCAUCAAGAGAAGAUCGUCUGAGUAUAUUGCAGAUACACACCCAUCACUGGUCCCCUCCAUUGAAGCUAUCAUUCCUACAAGAGCUAGCAGACCAGACUGUGGGCUACUGUGGGGCUGACCUCAAGUCACUCUGCACUGAAGCAGCACUCCAUUCCCUCCGCUCACACUAUCCUCAGAUAUACAACAGCUCGGAAAAACUCCUCAUUGACACUUCAACUAUUAAACUCUCCGCUAGCAACUUCUCUUCAGCCCUCAGGUCUAUAGUCCCUACUGCUCAGCGAUCAACAGCUUCCCCUGCUGCUCCUUUAUCCGAUAUUGUUCUUCCUCUUCUUUGCCGUCAGUUUGAGGAGGUCUUGAAUGUUUUAUUGUACGUGUUCCCGCCAUCUUGGAAAGGGAUUGGGAAGACUCUUCCAAAGCUCAAGAGAGAGAGGGAGAGGCUGAAGGAGAGGGAGAGGACCAUAGCCACUGCUGGAGAGGAUGGAUCAAUGUUGAUGGGCAGUGGAAUAGAAGAAAUUGAUAUGUCAAAGUAUAUCACUGAUUCGUUUUCUUUUCAAAAGUCUCAGCUCAAUGAUCAAAUCAGUAACGUGUUCUUUGAUCUGGAUGAUAUAGCACAGCCAGACCACUCCCAUUCUGACCCCGCCCACAAUACAUGUAUCACGGAGGACGAGGCACCUGAUGGUAACGUGACCUCUACCAGUCCAGGGGGUGGGGCCUGUUUAGACUUCAGUUCACACCCUCACUCCUUACCCUCUGUCUUUAGACCAAGAAUAUUACUAAUAGGACAACCUGGUAUGUCAUUUUAUGCAU